UUUCAUCAUGUGGUCAAUAGUUUGUUUUACCAAUGAAAAUACUAUUGAAUGUGUACCAAAUUUUUGGUUUAAAAAUUCAAUGUGUGCAUGGCCAAAUAAAAAUUGCAAAAUAAAAUCUCAAUUAGCAGUAGAGCGUCGUUUAUCACCUAACUCAAUUGAGUUUGAUUAUUAUGAAGCGCGGCCAUUAGCAAGAGAUAUAACUAAUUUAAGUGAAGCCUAUAAAAAAUUGAAACAGGCAGAAGACACUUCUGAGCUGUCAAAUGUAGAAAGUGCAAAAAAAAAAAAACAUAUUCGUAAACGUGAAAAACAAAGUUCUAGUAAACAGCUUGUAAAAAAACGAGAAGUGAAUCGUAAAUUUGCACUUACAAUAGAUAAGAACCAAUCAAUCCUUAAUUCUCCACCUAAAUAUGAUGUGUAUAAAAAAAAAAGAGAUAAUACUAUGAAGAACGAUAAUGGCUACAAAGAUGCAAAGAACAGUUUUCCAAAAUCAGAUAAAAAUAAUGCUUCACAGAUUGAACUAUUUAAUAGUGCUAAUAAAAAUAAUAAAGAAAUCGGUAAUAGUAGCAGUGAUGAUAAUAUAAUUGAUAAUUAUGACGAUUCUGAUGAUGAUGAAACAUAUGAACCAUUUAUGAGAAAACAUUCUCCAGAUUUAUUGAGUCCAUUUAAAAGUGAUUUGGUACAUCAAAAUAAUGUUAAUGAAAUAUCUACACCCAUGAACAGUAAUAAAAGACAAGACGACUUACUCAAAUGUAAUAGCGAUGGCAAUGAAACACCAGAAUAUUAUUUUAAUAAAGGAUCCAGUUCAUAAAAAAAAACGAAGUUAACAAACUCAUCAUAUUUAAAUAUGAAUGAUUAUAAUACCAGUGAUGAUCCAAAGCAAAGUUCUACAAAUGAAAUACUGAAAUCUCUUUUACGAUCUAUUACCAACAUUAAGUAUGAAUUAAAAGACAUAACAACAAAAAUUGAUAGGAUAGAGGAAAGACAAACAAAUAUUAUGAUGCUUCACAGUAAUAGUAGUGGUGAUGUUUUACACACUAAUAAUAGUAAUAUUGAUGAAACUUGGAAUUUCCCUCUUACUUCUUUUGAAGAGUUGGAUGGUUUUGAACAAAAGUUAUUGGACGAUGGCUAUAAACUUAAAUUGAUCAGUUAUUUGAGAAGAUUAGAAAAACCAACAAUUGGAGCGAUGACUAGGGAAAUUUUGUCAAAAUUAUUUAACAACGAUUUACUAGCACAAUUUUCUUACGUUGGUCAAAAAGGAAAAAAAGUAUUUUCAGUACUUAACACAUGUUCUAUCUUAUUUGCUGCUGUUAGAAGUGUCAACAAUUAUAAAAAUUGUACUGACAUUGAUAUAAUAAAGCCAUUGAAGCCAUACUUAGCUAAUGCUACUUUUCGCGGAAAACAAAAAAGAAAAGAUUGAUAAUAUGUAUAAUAAUAUAAAUGUUAUUUAUAAUGUUUGUAAUUUUUAU